GGGAGGGGGAGAGGGGAAAUCUGACUGAUCAGAGAGAGAGAGAGAGAGUAAGUAAAUAAACUCUCGGGUUAGUGGGUGGACAGCGGUUGGUGUUGGUGUUGGAGGAGGAAAUUCAAAUGGGUUCUGACGUGCGAGAUCUGAACGCUUUGCUGCCGGCGGUGUCCACGCUGAGCCCGGGGAGCGGGAGCUGCAGUAUGCCGGUGGGCAGUGCCCCUCAGUGGGCUCCGGUGCUUGACUUCCACCCGGGAGCCGCCUACAGCGCCCCGAUGGGACACCCGUCCUUCAUCAAACAGGAGCCCACCUGGAGCGCCUCCGCCGCCGGCGCCGUGGCCGAACCGCACGAUGACCACUGUCUGAGCGCCUUCACCGUCCACUUCUCCGGCCAGUUCACGGGCACGGCCGGGGCUUGUCGCUACGGUGCCUUCGGGGCUCCCCCGCCGACCCAGGCGCCUCCCAGCCAGGCGAGGAUGUUCAGCAACAACGCCUACCUCAACCACUGCAUGGACACCCAGCCCCCAGCCAGGAACCACGGUUACGGUGCGGUGGCUUUCGAUGGUACACCAAGUUACAGUCACCCUUCCACACAUCACGCCCCUCAGUUCUCAAACCAUCCCUUCAAACAUGAAGACCCCAUCAACCAGCAGAACAGCAUAGGAGAUCAGCAAUAUGGAGUCCCUCCUCCAGUGUACGGCUGCCACACCCCCACAGACAGCUGUGCUGGGAGCCAAGCCCUGCUGCUAAGGUCUCCAUACAACAGCCACGCAGCAGCAUAUGAAAACGACAAUCACAAUGCGCCCAUGUUGUACAGCUGUAGUACACAGUACAGAAUACACACGCACGGAGUUUUCAGAGGGAUUCAGGACGUGCGGAGAGUGCCAGGUGUAACCCCUGCCAUCGUCAGGUCAAAUGCAGAAUCCAGUGAAAAGCGCCCUUUUAUGUGUCCCUAUCCUGGGUGUAGCAAGCGCUACUUUAAACUUUCCCACCUGCAGAUGCACAGUAGGAAACACACAGGUGAAAAACCGUACCAGUGUGAUUUCAAGGAUUGUGGGCGACGAUUUUCCCGCUCAGACCAACUCAAACGACACCAGCGGAGACACACUGGAGUAAAGCCUUUUCAGUGCAAAACCUGUCAGCGUAAAUUCUCCCGUUCCGAUCACUUGAAGACUCACACCAGAACUCAUACAGGUAAAACAAGUGAAAAGCCUUUUAGCUGUAGGUGGCCGAGCUGCCAGAAGAAGUUCGCGAGGUCGGAUGAACUGGUCCGUCACCACAACAUGCACCAGAGAAACCUGACCAAGCUCCAGCUCGCUCUCUAGUGAAUUGGGGGGGAACCUCGUUCAAACAAGAAAAAAAAAGGAUGUGACACUGACGGAGAAACAAUUUUGCUUCUGUUCACCUCGGUUCUAAAAUUCAGCAGCUUCGGGAGUCAACAGGCGUGAGCUAAAACGCCUGAUUUUUCUAUGAUUAACCUCACACCGACCAAAACGUUAGACAUACACCACCAGUAAUCUGUGGGGUUCGCUGUGCCUCUAAUUCAGUCACUGUUGAAGUGUAGAAGGAGAAGUGGGGGUGAAGCAUAACAGCCACUGCACAUGAUAAGCAUUAGCAAUGUAGCCAAUGUCACUCACCAUUGCACACAUAACCUGCGAUGAUGUUCACACAGGAGUGAGUGUGAGGGUGGUUUAAAUGGCAGUACAGCAUUGCUCCAUAUUGUAAAUAUAAUGUAUAUAGGAACCUCUUAUAAUUGAGUACUACUGUAUUCAGAGUUUUAUUUUGGAUUAAAAUCCUUGGCUAAUCCAGAUGUGCCCUGUGUUGUGUGCAGCUACUAAAGGCCGUUUAAUGACAGGCUUACAAUGAGGCAAUGGGGAAUACAUUUCAUCUAUCGAGUUAACUUGCCUUUCAGUACCUAUAGCAGAUGCAGAGAUGGGAAUAAAAUCAUUUGGCCAGGGUGAGACACUGUCGUUUAUCCAUUUGUGGCAUAUUUUAUCGAGAUCUAUUUAGGGAGAGGGUGAGGUUAGCCAGCAAUGCAUAAACCACUAAAAAAAAAAGACUGUUUCAAAAUUGUAUGCUAUGUAUUGAGAAGCCACACUGGCUUUGUGGCUGAUUAGGUGUAACGUUACCAAACAUUGUUUAAAAUCAAAGGCUGGUCCGUAACUUCGAAUAACCAUUCCUCUUGAAAGUCCGUAACUUAAUGAUUUUUUUUUCUCUAUAUAAUGAAGAGAAAAGUUUUAGUGUAAUGGAUUGUACUGUGUUGGGGUUUGUUUUUCCUUGUUCAUGUAUUUACUGCUACUUUGCCGGAAAUUAUUAUGUAUAUAUCUGAUAAUGUAUUGCUGUGCCUAAAAUAGGAGAGUUGCUAAAAAAAAUGUAGAGAAUAAAACAAAAGAUAAAUAGGUAUGCCACAGGUUUGGGCUGUUUGCUUUUACCUUGUCUGUGUGUGUGUGUGUGUGUUCAUACUGAGAAUGUAAAAGCUGAAUUAUAUUUCCUCGACCAUCACCACUGAACUCUCAAUUAAAGAUGCCCAAAGAGAAUCUUAA